GAGGGGCCGAAGGCGAGACUUGUUGAAUAAGCACAAUAAUCCCCGAAGUCCGCGAAGGCUCCCAGCGUCUCUAUUUUUGCCGAUAUUUUGGAGACUGUUUUAUGUGUUGUACAUUUGACGUAAGAUGACGGCUUUUUAAAACACUUUCUAGAAGAAGUAAACAAUGACCACCCCGGCUCUGUUGCCCUUAACUGGACGUAGAAUACCACCCUUGAACCUGGGGCCGCCCUCCUUUUCCCAUCACAGGGCUACAUUAAGACUGUCGGAGAAGUUUAUUCUUCUCCUUAUUCUUAGUGCCUUCAUCACCCUAUGUUUUGGGGCAUUUUUCUUCCUUCCGGACUCUUCAAAACACAAACGCUUUGACCUGGGCUUAGAGGAUGUGUUGAUUCCGCAUGUAGAUACCAGCAAAGGAGAAAAAGACAUUGGAGGCUUCUUGAUCCAUGGACAAGGGCAUGACGAACACAGACACAGGGAAGAAGAGGAACGUCUGAGAAAUAAAAUUCGUGCUGAUCAUGAACGAGCUCUGGAAGAGGCAAAAGAGAAACUGAAGAAGUCUAGAGAGACAAUACAAGCAGAGAUUGAAACAGAAAAAAAUAAGGUAGCCCAGGAGAUAAAGAAGAAAGAAACCAAGCCACUGCCACCAGUCCCUUUACCAAACCUUAUAGGAAUAAACGGUGGAGAACCAGAAGAUGAAGACACCAGAGAAAAGAGGGAAAAAAUUAAGGAGAUGAUGAAACAUGCCUGGAGUAAUUAUAGGAAAUAUGGCUGGGGACACAAUGAACUUAAACCCAUUGCUAUGAAAGGACAUUCCACUAAUAUAUUUGGAAGUUCUAAAAUGGGUGCUACUAUAGUAGAUGCUUUGGAUACUCUUUAUAUCAUGGGACUCCAUGACGAAUUCAAAGAAGGACAGGAGUGGAUUGACCACAAUCUUGAUUUUAGUGUGAAUUCAGAGGUGUCUGUAUUUGAGGUCAAUAUUCGUUUCAUUGGAGGACUUCUUGCAGCAUAUUACCUUUCAGGACAGGAGGUAUUCAAGAACAAAGCAGUGCAGUUGGCAGGGAAACUCCUUCCUGCCUUUAACACACCUACUGGGAUUCCCUGGGCAAUGGUGAAUCUGAAAAGUGGAAUUGGGCGAAACUGGGGUUGGGCCUCUGCAGGUAGCAGCAUUUUGGCUGAAUUUGGUACCCUACAUAUGGAAUUUGUCCACCUCAGCUAUUUGACAGGGGACCCAGUCUACUACCAAAAGGUCAUGCACAUUCGAAAACUGCUUCAGAAAAUGGAUCGGCCUGAUGGACUUUAUCCAAACUAUUUGAACCCUAAAACAGGCCGAUGGGGUCAGCAUCACACAUCAGUUGGUGGUCUAGGAGACAGUUUUUACGAAUACUUACUGAAAGCAUGGUUGAUGUCAGAUAAAACAGACAUUGAGGCAAGGAAGAUGUAUGACGAUGCAAUUGAGGCCAUAGAAAAACAUCUUAUUAGAACAUCCAAUGGGGGUCUAACAUUUAUUGGAGAAUGGAAGAAUGGACACUUGGAAAGGAAAAUGGGUCAUUUAACCUGUUUUGCUGGAGGAAUGUUUGCUUUGGGAGCAGAUGGUUCCAGAAAGGAUAAAGCUGGGCAUUAUUUACAACUUGGAGCAGAAAUUGCACAUACAUGUCAUGAGUCAUAUGACAGAACGGUGUUAAAACUGGGUCCUGAAGCAUUCAAAUUUGAUGGUGGUGCAGAGGCCGUAGCUGUGCGGCAGAAUGAAAAGUAUUACAUUCUCCGCCCAGAAGUAAUUGAAACUUACUGGUACAUGUGGAGGUUCACUCAUGACCCCAAAUACAGGCAGUGGGGCUGGGAGGCAACUGAGGCUAUUGAAAAGUAUUGUCGAGUCAGAGGUGGAUUUUCUGGGAUCAAGGACGUCUAUUCUUCUGCUCCUGCGUAUGACGAUGUACAGCAGAGCUUCUUCCUUGCGGAGACACUGAAGUAUUUGUAUCUGCUCUUCUCCAGUGAUGAUCUUUUACCUUUAGACCACUGGGUGUUUAAUACAGAAGCCCACCCUCUGCCUGUGUUACAUUUAGCCAACACCACACUUUCAGGAAAUCUUGAUUUACAGUAAAAGCAGCUCAAGAGGAGAGACUUUACUCACCUGUGUUUUGUUUACAUGAACCAAUGCAGAAAUUAGGCUGGAGAGGGGGACUCUUGGAAACCUGGGCCCCCGAGUCGGGAUGUCAGGGUGAGAAAUGACAAACUCCACUGGAAGCUCUGCAACCUAUAGAUAAUUCACUUUGAAAUUAUUCCAUUUUAUACCUGACCAAAAUAUGCUCCACUGUUUGCAGGGCAGAGACCUCAUGUGCUUUAAAUCCUAAUGAGAAGGUCAUACGGGGGGAAUGCCUAUUUGUACUGUAUUCAUUAAGAAUCCUGGAAGAAGGAGGACGGCCUCCUGAGAAGGAACAGAAACAUGGAGCUCUGUGCUGCAAGUUACUGGUGGCCUUUGCAGCGAAUUAUGUGUUUGUUUCCUUCUGACAUGGAAUGGAUCCUAAAUACUUUAUUUUUCCUCCCUCCUUCCCCUGUCUCUCCCCCCCCCCCCCCAAUUUUGAUUGGAAGGAACCAUGAAACAAGAACAGUAAAACAGCCGAACUGCACCAGCAGCAACAGCCGCAGGAUUUUAAACUGAAAGAAAUACAAUCCCUAUCUUUCUGAAUUAUCAAGUCCCCAUUCAGUGCCCAGCCUGGCAGCCAUUUCGAGCACCCUAUCUGUUUCAUUAAUACCCCUUGAUUGAGUCGGGUUUUUUUUCUGGGACUUGAGUUCACCCAGGAAAUACUUUUCCUGUCUUUGUCUUCAUGUGGAACCAUCGAAUCUGCAGUAUUUUUCAUAUUCACUACUUUUGAGAACCUAGGUUUGGGAAUUUUGUGCAUGUAGCUCAGACAAGUAUUAGUAGCAUGACAAAAAAAAGCUCUGUAUUUCCUUGAAACCUGUUCUAAGAGAAAGUUUUGUCGUGUUUUGGGGGGAAGAUUUUCCUCAAGCAGGAAAUCCAUCAGGUAAAUCUCUUUAGCCUCCAUGAUAAACUCAUACAGUCAGUCAUUCACUUUUGACCAUUGUAAAUGGUUUUGUUCAAAAUGCUCUUCUAUAGCUCUGAGUUUCUCUUCAUUGCCUUGAUGAACUAAAUUAUUAUUAUUACAACUCAACCAACUUAUGAAAGAAUAAGACACCAAAACUUAUUUGAUACCCACCCCCACCUCUUAGCCCCUCUUUAUGGACUUUCCCACCAUAAAUCAAUUCAGCCUUCUCUGGAGACAUUUAUGGGAUGCCAAAAAAUUGUCAAAAUAGUCUUCAACAAUAAAGGUGUGGUGCAGAUAAGCAUAUAACACAUGCGAUUUGAGAUGUGUCUGUGGCAUCUUCUCCUUUUGUUGAUGGACGAAAGAUUUUGCACUGAUAUUUAUGUUGUUAGUCAGCCCUGUUUGUUUCUGAGAACAAAUUUUAUCCAGUAGCAUGAAAUAAUGGAAGAUAAAUAUUGUCAUGGGAUUACAUAUUUUCUGAAUUUGAGUUAUUUUAUGUCACACUAUAGACAUAAUUCUCUACCAUAUUAUUUUACAAACAUUUCCCAUUAAGCAUUCGAGAGAUGAGGUUAGUGUCAUUGAUGUUUUGAUAUUACCUUUAUUAGUAAUUAGUUUUUGAAACUAUCUGCUCAAGCCUAUAUUGGGAUUUAAAACAUUUUAAUAUAUAUAUUUUUUCUUUUUAAACCUCCCUAUUUAAUAUGUGGUGGAUUUAAAUGGGAAAAGAUUCCAAGAAAAUAACGUAUAUUUCAAUUCUGCAUUUUAAUUCAAUCUUGUAUGAUUACCUUCAAUCAUAGAGUGUCAAUCCAUAAAAUAUUGGAUAUAUAUUCUGUUAGGCAAUUUUUUUUCAGUGUGCAUUCAAGAUUAUAUUGUGAAUAAGAUAAAUUCAAGCCCUUAUGUAAGAGUUAAUUUUAGCACACUAAGUACUUCCACCAGAUUCUGAAAUCUUGCCUUUUUUUUUUUUUAAACUACUUGAAAAUCAAGAAAUAUAAUGAAGACCAAGUACUAUUAGUGUAAUUUAUGUGCAGUUGUUUAAGAGUGAUUUUAGAAGAGUGUGGGGAAAAUAUUUGGUUUUCCAAGAAAGUUAUCCUUCCCCCUAAACGUAUGGCAAAUCCUGGACUGGAUAUGAAAACCAGCCUUGCCUAGAUCCAAAGUGGAUCAGCAUGUGGGCAGUGACUGAACCCCCUGCUGUGAAUGAGAGGUGAUGUGCCUUUAGGCCUCACCAGUGACCCUCCCUAACUCCCUUUCCCCAUCCCCUUAACGCCAGGAAGCUGAGCUUAGUGUAAGCAUAUAUGAGGGGCCACAAAGAUUUCAAAGAAUAGGAGUCAUAAACGUAUUUUCAUUUUUUCUCAGAAUACCAAAGGCAAUUAAACUCAAUUACAAAGUGA